AUGGUGAUUUUUCAUCAGGAUGAUGCUGUCGCUGUUAGUUUGUUUUUACUCAUGCUCAUAGGUGGUGGAGCUGCUGCGAAUGAUGGAGUUGGAGAUCAUCAUGGCAAACAGUUGCACGGUCAUGGUGAAGGCUGUACGGACUGUGGGAUAGGGAAUGGUGUUGGGUUAGGUCAUGAAAGUCGAGGUGUGGAACAGAGUCUGUGUUUAGGAGGGCUUGGAGGCGGCGGCGGCGCGUGGGUAGGUGCAGGUGGUUGGGGUGGAUUAGGCGGCGGUGGGGGUCCAAUAGUCGGUGUAAGGGGUGGCUUUGGUGGAGGUUUUGGCGGUGGAAUAGGCGGUGCUGGCGGUGGAAUAGGCGGUGUUGGGGGUGGUGCGGGCGGAGGUGCUGGAGGUGGAAUAGGUGGCAUUGGUGGAGGCAUUGGGGGUGGUGAAGGCGGCGGCGUUGGUGGAGGAGCUGGCGGUGUAGGGGGAGGUGCUGGUGGUGGAGUAGGCGGCGGUGCUGGCGGAGGAGCUGGAGGAGGUGGAAUAGGUGGCGGUGGAGGUAUCGGAGGAGGUGCUGGUGGAGGGGUAGGUGGUGGUGGCGGUGGCGGUGCCGGUGGUGGUAUUGGAGGCGGAUCUGGUGGCGGUGCCGGCGGAGGUGGAGCUGGUGGCGGUGCUGGUGGUGGGGGUGUCGCGGGAGGUGGAGUGGGUGGCGGAGCAGGUGGAGGUGCUGGUGGUGGCGGUGCUGCCCGAGGUGGAGUUGGUAGCGGAGCAGGUGGAGGUGCUGGUGGUGGCGGUGCUGCCGGAGGUGGAGUGGGUAGCGGAGCAGGUGGAGGUUCUGGUGGUGGCGGUGCUGCCGGAGGCGGAGUGGGUGGCGGUGCUGCCGGAGGUGGAGUGAGUGGCGGUGCUGCCGGAGGUGGAGUGGGUGGCGGAGAAGGUAGUGGUGCCGGCGGAGGUGUUGGAGGUGAAGCUGGUGGCGCUGCUGGAGGUGGUGGCGCUGCUGGUGGAGGUGGAAAAGGGGGUGGCGCUGGCGGUGGUCAUGGAGGACCUGGCCAUGGCGGCGGUGGGAUAGGUGGGGAAGGAGGUAAAGGUGGCGCUGGUGGUGAAUCAGGCGGUGGAUAUGGUACCGGUCAAGGUGGAGAUGGAGAUGGAGAUGGAGAUGGCCCAGGCGGCGACAACGGCAUUGGAGGAGCUGGAGAUGGUCACUAA